UUUCUCUUUCUCUCUGUAUUCUUCCUUUCUUCUUUCAUUUUCCUCCUUUAUCUUACGCCUGCUUUUCUUUCUCUUUCAGUUUCAACACUCUCUCUCUCUCUCUCUCUUUCUCUCUCUCUCUCUCUAGUGUUUCAAUUUUUCUUUCAGUCUCUUUUUUUUUGUCUUUUCGAUACAGGAGCUGAUCGGGGAGGUAUGUUAUUGACUUAAGAUGAUUCCAAGCAUCUUAUGGUGUAUGUUUGUCAUCUAGGGUGAAGUGAAACCCAUGCUUCUUAUAUUCUGUUGCGACAUGGGUAGUACUGGUAUUCUUCACUGUCCUUGAGAUCAACUGAUAAUCUGCUAGAUCAUUGCUUAACUUAAAUGGGGGGAAUUUGUUCAAGAAAGAGAGACCAACAGGUCAUCGAAGAUGGUGUACCUAGGGGGGUAUCUGGAAGAUAUCAUAAAAGUAGCAGUUCAAAAUGGCUGGCAACUGCAUUAUCUCGUCCUGUUGUAAAUUGUCAGCCAGGAGGCAGUUGCCCAUCUCUUUUGAAAUUAUGUGUACAUAAAAUUCGUGAGGAUAUUGACAAAUAUAGUUCAUUCUCAAUGCUGCCAAGGGAUGUAAGUCAGCAGAUAUUCGAUGAAUUGAUUGCUUCCCACUGUCUUACUGAUGUUUCUCUUGAAGCUUUUCGAGACUGUGCUCUCCAGGAUGUUUGUUUGGGUGAUUAUCCUGGCGUAAAAGAUAGUUGGUUGGAUGUGAUAUCUUCACAAGGCUCAUCUUUGCUUUCUGUUGAUCUCUCUGGUUCUGAGGUGACAGAUUCUGGAUUGGCUUAUCUGAAAGACUGCCCAGGCCUCCAAGGAUUAACUUUAAAUUACUGUGAUCAAUUUUCUGAAAAUGGGCUUAAACACAUUAGUGGUCUUUCAAAUUUGACAUCUUUGAGUUUUAAAAAGAGCACUGCUCUAAAUGCUGAAGGAAUGAGAGCCUUCUCUAACUUAUUUAACUUGGAAAAGUUGGACUUGGAGAGGUGUUCAUGGAUUCAUGGUGGAUUCGUUCAUCUUAAAGGGCUAAUGAAGCUUAAGUCUCUCAAUAUCAGAUGUUGUAAAUGUAUUGUAGAUUCAGACUUGAAAUAUCUCUCAGGGCUUAAUAACCUUGAAGAGUUGCAGAUUUCCAACAAUAACAUUACUGAUUUUGGAGUUUCUUAUUUGAAAGGUUUGCACAAGCUUAGAAUGUUGAACUUGGAGGGCUGCAAUGUAACUGCUGCAUGUCUUGAAUCUAUUUCAGUUCUUGAAGCCAUGGCAUACUUAAAUCUUAACAGAUGUGGUCUAUCUGAUGAUGGAUGUGAUAAGUUUUCUGGACUUAAAAAUUUGAAGGUAUUGAGCUUGCAAUUUAAUGAUAUUACAGAUGCAUGCAUGGCUCAUCUUAAAGGUUUAACAAAUUUAGAGAGUCUAAAUGUGGAUUCCUGUAAGAUAAGUGAUAAGGGACUUGCUAAUUUGACAGGCCUUAGACUCUUGAGAAGUUUGGAAUUGUCUGAUACUGAAGUUGGGAGCAGUGGGCUUCGGUAUCUCUCAGGUUUGAACAAUUUAGAGAAUUUGGAUCUGUCAUUCACAUUAAUAACUGAUGGUGGUUUGAGAAGGUUGUCUGGAUUGACAUCUCUUAAAUCACUUAAUUUGGAUGCUCGCCAAAUUACUGAUGCUGGACUUGCAGCUCUUACAAAUCUUACUGGAUUAACACAUUUGGAUCUUUUUGGGGCUCGAAUUACAGAUUCUGGGACAAAUUAUUUACGCUACUUCAAGAACCUCCAAUCCUUGGAAAUAUGUGGUGGAGGAUUAACAGAUACUGGUGUGAAGAAUAUUCAAGGCCUUUGCUCCCUGACUCUGCUAAAUUUGUCACAAAACUGCAACCUGACCGAUAAAACCUUGGAAUUGAUUUCUGGAUUGACCACAUUGGUGUCAUUAAGUGUGUCAAAUUCACGUGUUACCAAUGAGGGUUUACAGUAUUUAAAGCCUCUGAAGAAUUUACGGUCAUUAACCUUGGAGUCUUGCAAGGUAACUGCAUCUGAGAUCAAGAAGCUUCAGUCAUUUGCCCUCCCAAAUCUGGUAAGCAUUCGGCCAGAAUAGAUUGGGAGUGGUAAUAAGGUAUUCUGUAAAGCAGUCAUCAGCUGUGUACAGUUUAAUAAAUUCCAUAGGGAAAGAUAAAACCUUAUGUGGAGGAAAGAACUGUUAUGAAUGUACAGAUCGGUGAUACUUGGAUGCAUGUAUAUAUGGUCAACCGAGGAAUUUGAACAUCGUUUAAAUUAAUUGUAUAUGUAUCAUGUUGUGUGUUUACUAAUGUACAGAUGCUCUACAUGCGGAUGCAUGUAUAUAUUAUGACCUGUCUAAGUUUGAAUUCUUCUUCUAUAGAAUGUUGUUUCGGAA